UUUGCGCUUUUGAUCCCAAUCGCCUUUCCGCUUUCCGCUCCACCACCGCCUGCCAUCUCACCCCGUCGUCGCCGGGGGAUGCGCUGACCCUCCACCACCCCAAGCAAAUGCAGCGUCCCGGCCCGUCUCAGGCGGCGCCCCUGCCGCCGGCGGUGGCCGCGGAGCUCGCGCAGCUCGAGCGGAGGCUGGGGCAGGUCGCCGAGGAACGGGCGCGCCGCGAGCUUGGGGCGCUCGGCGAAGCCCCGGCGGUCCGCGUGCUGCGGAAGAUCGGGGGGUCCCAGCGGGAGGUCCGGACGCUCACCGGCUACAUCAUCACGGUCGCCAGGCAGGAGGCGUACGCGCUCAACGCGCUGGCCGUACCCACCGCCGAGAGCGCCGCCUGCUGCUCCUCCGCUCCUUCCCAGAGAGAUGAAUCUGUACAUGGACCGCAGUACCACAAUGACGUCCAAAUGGAAGAAAUAGCUUCGGACCUCUCGAACCAUUGCAUGGUGAUGGACGAGAGUCAAGGUCAGGAGGGUUUUCCGGUGAUGAUGGCAGUUGACAACCCAUCUGAUUGCAUCUCCCCAAGGGAUUGGAACCAGGAUCGCAUUGAAGUUGAUAACGUUGCCCCACCAAUGGCUUCUCAGGCAAACCAGAUGCCUAUGCAGUAUGAUGACAGUAUCCAAGAACUGAUUUCCAUUGCACCACAUGGUGUUAUGAUGCUGGCUGAAAAUCCUGGAAAUGGCAGAUCAUCUGAGAUGUGGAACCACACACAGACUGAUAGCCCCAAGCACGAGAUGGUUCCUACACAUCCAAGAAGUGAAUCCACCUCAAGCCGCUUGCAGCACUGUUUAAGAUGUCUUCAGGGAGUUGGACCCUAUGGAUUCCAUCUGGGCCCAGAGUGUGCAAUAAUGCUACAAAAGCCCGUGCCGAAUCUUGAUGCAGAAAAUGCAUUCAGGAAGGCAGCAAGCCCUCAUAUCACUAAUGAAUUGAGGAAGACGGCAAGCCCUCAGAUGUGGGCGCUGGAGGAUUUGGAGUUCUGCAGGAGAUUUUUGAUACUAUCGUAUCUUUGUCAGAAUAACAUGGAAGAUGAAGCUGUACUGACCGUGGACUAUAUUAAAUCGUUGAAGUUUCUGUCCAUUGCUCAUUUUGAGUCCGAAAUUUGGAGCAAAUUCGGCCGGAAGAAUUUUCAGGCAUCCAAUAGAACUGCAUCAGAUAGGCCAAAGAAUCUUGAUUUGGACCCAAGUAAAACAAAAGUAUACCAUUGUAAUAUUGAGAUAAGAGGGGAUUCCGUAUUCUAUGUUUUGAAGGGGCCAUAUAUGGAGAAUAAGAGGACUUACCUUCAGAAAGUUCUUGGUGAUGAUAACGUUCUUGUAGUAAAGUUUAUGGUUCCUUCAGACACCAAUGCUGAUUUCUACCGCCAACUCUACCAUAAGGUUGCUGAAGAUGGUAUUGUUUUGGGUCUGCGGCGAUAUCGUUUUAUCGCUUACAAGGAUGGAGCAAAUGAGAAGAAAAAGAAAGACGAUGGACAAGGGGAAAUCAAGAAAUGCACUUCAUCUGUUAGGUGCUACUUUGUUUGCACUGAGUCGGUGGAUGAGACUUAUAUUCUCUCCAACAAAACAGUUGGUCAGUGCCGCAAACUGUUCAUGGAUAUCCAUACCGCUCCCACCUUGCCAAAUUAUAUGAAAAGGUUUUCGUUGAUACUAUCCAAAACUGUAACACUGGAAGUUGAUUUAUCGACAGUUAAUGUUAUACUGAUUGAUGAUGAACCUUGCCGGAAUGAACAUGGGAAAGUUGUUAUUGAAGAUGGGAAACGUUGGAUCCAUACUGAUGGUACUGGCUUCAUAUCUGAAAAUUUGGCUAAGAAAUGCCCCAACAGAAUUAUCUCCGGAAAGAAGUCAAAAGAUUAUAUGCAUCGAGGUGAAACAAUGCCUCUUCUCAUGCAGGUCCGUCUUUUUUAUAAUGGAUAUGCUGUAAAAGGAACUCUACUAGUUGACAAAAGGCUUCAAGAUGAUACUAUUGUUAUCCGACCAUCAAUGGUAAAAGUAAAAGCUGAUCCAAAGUUGUCCUGGUUGCAGUCUCUCAGUUCUUUGGAAAUAGUUUCCACGAGCCGUCAAUCCGACAGGACAUCAACAUCAAGGACCUUGAUUUCACUUCUUCAUUAUGGAGGUGUUAAGGCGGAAUAUUUUAUGGAACUUCUACAUAAUGCAAUUGAAGGGGUUGCGAAUGCUUGUUAUGAUUUCAGACACGCACUAAAGCUUGCCUCUAGAUACGCUAAUAUGGAGGAUUCAAUGUUGGAGCAAAUGAUUCAUUCUGGAAUUCCACUAGAAGAGCCAUACUUGCUAUCUAGACUGAAUUUCAUAGCCAAACAGGAAAUGAAAGGUUUCAGAGAAGGAAAGCUACCAAUUGAUGAAUGCUAUCAUUUGAUGGGUUCAACAGAUCCUACAGGAACGUUGAAACCAAAUGAAGUUUGCGUGAUACUUGAUAGUGGCCAAUACUCUGGAGAUGUGCUUGUGUUUAAAUAUCCUGGUCUCCAUUUCGGUGAUAUACACAUCUUAACUGCAAGGCAAAUUAGCGGACUUGAGAAGAAUUUUGUUGGAUAUUCAAAAAAUGCAAUACUUUUCCCUACUUCUGGUAAACGAUCAUUGGCUGAUGAGAUGGCCAACAGUGAUUUUGAUGGUGACGAGUACUGGGUCUCAAAAAACCACAUGGUCAGUUCAUUUCGGUUUUCAUUUUAUCUACUAAAGGGCUUCACGAAGCGAAGUGAACCUUGGGUUCCACUAUUCAAACCAAAGGAGACCCAGCACAAGCCUAAGAGACCCAAGGAUUUUAAUGAAUCAGUUCUUGAAAGAGUGCUAUUUAAUGAAUGCUUGACGACGACGUUUAUAUCCAAUUAUGCACUUGGUAUAUCGUCUGAUUGUUGGUUAGCAUAUAUGGACCGGCUCUUAACAGAAGAUGUUGAUGAAGACGAAAAGGAAUCAAUUGCGAAGAAGAUGAUUAAAUUAGUUAACCUUUAUUAUUGGGCUCUGGAUGGGCAUAAGAUAAAAGUUGAUCGUGAAUUGAGGGUAGAAAAAUAUCCACACUUUAUGGAGAAAAAAGGAUUUGAAUCCUACCAUUCGAUAUCUAUAUUGGGCAGAAUCUUCGAUGAGACUGAGAAAGCAAUAUUGCAACGAUCUGAGGAUGAUAAACAAAUUCAGAUAACGAUGCUGCCAUUCUUCACUGAGGUGGAGGCAGCCCCAGAAUGCAUAUCAUUAUGGGAGUACAACUACGAAGAGUACUUGAGUAAGAGUAGGGGACUUUUUGAUCUGGAUAAAGAAGAAAAGAACGAGGAGUUUGAAAAACUCUACCAAAGCUAUAAACAUUUGCUCUAUGAUGCCGAAGAAUUCGAAGAAACCUCGCGGGACCUCUCCCAGGUGUACAUGGAGGCCUGCGCGAUUUACCGGAUCGUCUACGAGCGAGCAAGGUCUACCAAGAGCAUCAGCAAGUGCCGCUUCGUGUGGGUGGUCGCCGGAGCCGCGCUGUGCCAUCUCUACGCAACGAAGUAUGCGGCGCAGCGUGGGGAAAAAACCGUGCUCUGCCCGCUUUCAGUUACCCGCCAACUUUACUGAUGCAGCGAGGGUCUGGCUGUGAAUUGAACUGCUACCCUGUUUGUACAAAUAAGGAUCUGUUGUAGAAUUAAUGUUACCGUAUGGACAUCUGAACCUGGUUUGUUGUAAGCUACGUGAAGGGUUGCGAAACCGUAUGGCCUGCACCCAGCGGUAACUGUAUUGUAUUAUGCACCUGUAGUGCUUGUUGUGUAUGUGUGUAACAGUAAUCAACUGUUGUAUGUGUGUCGAUCAGCCUGCAACUUUAUCAACACCAUAAUUAAAUCUGCACCCGCACACCAUGAGAAAGAAGUGCUAAUCUCCACUUUGGAAA